GGUAAACUGGAUAUUUUGGUCUUUUUGACUUACAGCCAAAUGGUGGAGUUUCCAUAGGCACACUCUCCAGUCUCCGCUCUGCUUUCCAUUUUCCCUUUCCCCAAUCGCUUGGUUCUGCUUCUUCGUCUGUGUUUUCCGAUCGAUUCCUCGCCGGAAAACUUCAUCCAAUGGCCGGCAAGAGCAGAGUUCUCGUCGUCGGAAGCACCGGCUAUAUCGGUAAAUUUAUCGUGGAGGCGAGCGCUAAAGCCGGUCAUCCGACCUACGCUCUCGUCCGAGAUUCAGCUCUCUCCGAUCCGGCCAAGUCUCAGAUUAUUCAGAGAUUCAACAGCUUCGGAGUCACUAUUGUCUCUGGCGACCUGUUCGACCGCGAGAGUCUGGUGAAUGCGAUAAAGCAGGUGGAUGUGGUGAUAUCGACGGUCGGUCUUAACCAGUUAGGCGAUCAAGAUAAGCUCAUUUACGCCAUUAAAGAAGCUGGAAAUGUCAAGAGAUUUUUGCCUUCAGAGUUUGGGUACGAUGUAGAGAAUAAUGUUCAUGGAGUUGGGCCAGUGAAGUCAAUUUUUGAGGCAAAGGUUCGAGUUCGCCGAGCUGUGGAGGCUGAGGGAAUCCCCUACACCUAUGUAUGGUCUUACUAUUUUAAUGGGUUUUGUCUUCCCAGUCUGGCUCAGCAUGGGGCCUCUGCUCCACCCAGAGACAAGGUUAUUAUCAAGGGGGAUGGAAAUCCCAAGGUAAUUUUCAACAAGGAAGAAGAUAUUGCCUCCUACACUAUCAGGGCUAUGGAUGACCCAAGAACUUUGAACAAAAUUGUCUACAUCAAGCCCCCUGAAAAUGUCUUCUCCUUGAACGAACUCGUUGCCCUCUGGGAAACAAAAAUUGGGAAAACCCUCCAGAAAAUCUACAUAUCAGAGGACCAAUUGCUGAAGAACAUCCAAGAGGAUCCAGAGAAUUUGAUGCUGGCUUUUGAAUACUCAAUUUUUGUGAAGGGAGAUCAUAGCAACCGUGAAAUAGAAGCAUCAGUUGGAUUGGAAGCUACAGAGCUGUAUCCAGAUAUUGAAUACACCACUGUGGAUGAAUAUCUCAAUCAGUUUGUUUAGGUAUUUUCUUCUCUCUCUCUACCACUUUACAAAUACGUACCUCCCUGAUCCAAUGGUAUAUAGGUAUAUAUUUUUGUACCAACCCGAGCCUAGCUUGACUGAAUAAGGUAUGUAUUUUUUAUCAAAAGUUCGUGCAUUCGAACUUCACUCUCAUGUAUUGUUGUACCAAGAAGAAAUAUGUAUAUAUUUUGUGUA